UUGCAAUCUCUAAUAUAUUUUAUACAUUUUAUAACAAUCUUACUUAUAUAUUACCUUAUAGUGUUUAAAUAGUAUACUUUGCUUAUAAUAAAAAGUAUUACUUAAAAAUUCUAUUUUAUUACGAAACUAACACUCGAUAUUCUUGGUUUUGUGUGAUAUUUGACUCAUACAAGAUUAAGAAAAGAGUAAUGACACCGUGAGAAAAGAGUUUUAUUUACCGAAAUUAAUGUCCUUUACGUAAGAGAAGAAGUUAAGUUAAAGGAGACACUGCUAUAAUAGUACAACUUUUGUCUUGAGAACAAUUUAAGGAACAAUUGUGCUAUGUCUGCAGCUGCUACGCGAUAUGACAAUAAACACCAUUUCGACCAAGAAGUCUAGGGUAUUCUUGAUCCGAACAUCUCUAACAUGGAUAGUAAUCAGGGAUUCCCGGAAAAUCAUCGCUGAAACGCUGGGUACUUACCGCUUUAUUUAACAGUUGCGAACGACGCGUCAUCUGAUGAUAUAUAAAUAGAAGGCGCAGCUGGUCUCUCACUUGUUGCCUUGCUUGAUAUCGUUACGCAAGUAGUUCCUGGAGAAUUAUUUUGGACCAAAGAAAGGAAAAAAAGAAAAACCUUGCCAUAGAACAGCAACAAUGUUUUUAUGAACUUCUUCCUGACUUCGUAAGAUAUGAACCAUACGAACAUAAAUAUUUGAAACAGAAUAUUGGAUAUGCAAUAUUUGGACCACCAGCAAUGAGCAAUGAAGAAAGAGAAGAGAUAAUGGACCAAAAAGGAAGAAGCAAUUGCUAUUACAGUUCACAAAAUACAGAUAAUAUAGAUAGAGAUAUCGUCGAUAUAGUUGAUUAUGAUAAACAAGCUAGAGGAGUUAUAAACAAAAUAUAUGAUCGAAUAUGUGAAUGUGCUUAUAUAAAAACUAAUCCUCAAUCAAUUUAUGUUGGCAUAAUUUACAAUGUAAUUUUCUUCCCUGAUGAAAACUUGGAAUCCAAAAAAGAGGAAGACUCAAAUAAAAAAAAAGAAAAAAAAAAGGAAAANAGUGUACGGCCUGUGAUAUUACCAAUCCCAAUUUUUACAAUCGGAUUAAAUAGUAAGGGAAAAUUUUUUAUUGGAAAAGCUGCAAAUCAUAUAGGCUAUACAAAAUAUACCACGAUUCAAUCAGAUUAUGAAGUACGGUACAUCGAUACCAACGCCAGAGUCUAUGACACUUGGACCAGCUAUGUAACAACCAAUCCUCUACCAGAAUGCACUAUGGUUCUUCCAAAAAAUGGUGUUUAUCAACCAGAUUUAAAUUAUCCAAUUGCAGAAGAUUACUCAACAGUUUGGGUCGAAAUUAUGGAUUCACCUGCAUGUUCCACAGCAGCAAAAGUAUGCAGAGGAAUAGAUUAUGCCUCUACUGCCGCCGGGAUAGCUGGAAUUGGUGUAGGCAUAGCAUCAAUGUUCACACCUCUUGCACCAGUUGUUGCUGUAUCAGGUCUUGUUGCUACUGGUGCAUCUGGUGCUUGGACAAUGGGUCGAUGUUCUGAACAACUGAUAGAUCGCAGUAACCAUAUGGAAUCUAUUUCUCUUUUUGAUAGAGAAGCACUUCCACAUUGGCUUGGCUUAGCCGGCUCAAUAGCCGGUUUAGGAACAGUUGGAGGAGGAAUACUUCUUUCUAGAGUUGGAGCAAGUGGUAGGAUAGUAAACAAUUUUACAAAAGUAGCUUAUAAUACUAUGCUCGGUGGCAACCUGGUCUUGAACGGCGUUGGCGUUGUAUAUAUGAGUUAUUCUAUGAUAGAAAAAUAUAUGAACGAAGGAACUGUCAGUGUCAUAGACGCGUUAAACUUGGCGACACAUGUUAUGUUUUUUGCUACUUCUGUAGUAAAGGUUAAAUUUGCUGGCGAUAUUAUUCAGGAAAGCCAAGGUAAAGUCCUUAAAGACUACAGAAGCACUUUGCGCAACAAACGUCUUCGUUACAAGUUCAAUCGCGUUACACGAAGAGCUGCACUAAAUAAUACAUGUCCGAUAUCUGCGAAUGCAGAAAUAAUACGUUACAUAAAACAUCGUGAACAAUUAGUUUCUUCUAAUCAAUCUUCUGGCGGUCCUUCACCAUCAGGUAGUUCAGAUCAAACUGGACGUCCAACGUGGACGUUUGACAAAGAUAAGAUAAUGGUCGGUAGCAUCAUGCUAUUAAAUCCUCUUGAAUUUGUUAUACGUAAUAUAAACUCAGUUGCAUCUACCGAAGAUUUUGAAAGUAAUUUGUCCAACACUCAAGAGUAUGACGAUAAUUAUAACGUUGAUGACUUGGUAAAAGAACUGACCAAAUUAUUGAAUGAGUUUUAUACGCAACAUUGUAGUAAUUCUAAGAGCAGGGCGGAAGCAUCAGAUUUAAUAUCAUUGCUUAGACACAUGAGAUUUUUGAAUAUUGAUGAGGACUGUUUAAAGAAGAUAUUUGUAAUCGUCAAAGAACUAGUAUUGCGUUUCGAAAACUCGAAAGAACUUUUCAUCAAGGCUUUUACUUUUGUUUGGAAUUAUUGUAAAGCAAAUUUGCGGCAGUGGGGCAUACACUCGAUUCAUCGCAUACAGAGCGAUUCAGGUUCUAGAAUUUUGCAAAAGAUUAUCACAGUGAUUUCUGAAGCAAUCGAUACAAUCCUUUCAAAUUUGUUUGAAGCAUUUACGCUAUAUUUGAAUAAAAACAUUUAAAUUAAUUUUAGGUGAGAUUAAUAUACUCUAAACGUUUUGUACUUUGUUGUAGAAAUAACAAUAAUUCAUAUAAAUAUAUAUAUACAUGUAUAUAAUAUAUAUACAUAUAUACA